CUUUACGUGAUCGGGUCUGUCUUUUAACAAAAACAGAUCUGUGAAUGUGUAAGACCUAAUGACAUAUUUCCUUUGUUUUAAAAAGGGCCUGUCCUAAAGAUAAACACCUGUCUCAAACAAUAGUCUAGAGAUAACAGCAUUACAUUGCGGAAUUUUCUACCUUGGAGACAAGUGAAAUCAUCUACAUUUUAGACAAAACAUUGAAGAGAAAUGGAAAAUAUUGACAGACAAAAGAAGAAACUCCGCAUUGGAUUGAUGUUUGACUGUGAUGUCGGGGGACAACUACAUAGGCACUCAACUCGUAGUGAAUUAAUGAGUUGUAGAAGAAAUGAAGAAGAAAAAGCUGAUAAUAGAACAUUUCAAUUGGAAAUGCUAGCAAAACAACUUGAAAUGAAAAAACUUGACAAAAAUAUGGAAGAAAUGAAACUCAAUACUGAAAAAAUAAGACAUGAUAGCUUAAAGCUUGAAAUUGAAAAAGAACAUUGCAUAAACCAAAACAUAGAGAAGAGCAAGAUUAAUUACGUGAAUGCUCAGGCUUAUGCUGAAAAUGCAAGAAGAAAUGCUGAAGUUGAAAGGACAGCCGCUGAAACUGCAAGGGCAAGGGCUGAUGAGGCGAAAUUCGAACAAAUAAAACUUUUGAUGACAAUGAACAGAGGUUCCGCUGAGGUACCGGGGAUAAUGCAUGCUCACGACGAACUUCAAGCCAACAUGUUGUCCUCUUUCAGCUCAAUUUAAACAAUAAAACUUCGAUCGACAAUUCAACAUUUAUGUGUAGGUAACGGUCGCAUUUAUAAAUGAGCUAUUUUCUCAUCUCAUUAUUACUUCUUAUGCUUUUAGAUGAACAAAAUUUUUUUAUACUCAUACCACACCUGUGAGCUCUAAUGUAUGUACCGAUCAUUGAAUAAAAUGCAAGUCAUCUAUAUAAACAAUGAUCCAAUAACGCGUUGGCAUAAAUAAUCCAUCUUUGUAAUUGUCACGAGAGCUAAUGUUAGUAUAAUAGUUGGUGUUUUCACUUCUUAGUAUCUAAAAGUGAAUGGUGUUUUGAAAGCGUCAAUAAUGUGAUAAUAAAGGUUUAAAUAAACGCAAAGGUGAAGUUUAUAAAUUUUGGUCUGUUUUAUAAACAUAUACUUAUAAAUGUUACUCGGAUGGUUUAACACCGGAUUUAAUACCAUAAUACAUGUAUAUCAAAUGGUGGAUGUGCCAAUUGUUCAAUUGAUAUGUAUCAAGUAAUAAGUACUAAACUCAUUUUGUUAGCUUCACUUAUGUCUAACUGUUGGAUUUUAGACCGUUUAGUAAUAGUAUUUCAGUUAUAUAGAAGUGUGUUCCUCAACUCACCUGUCUUUUUUUUCCAUAUGAACUAGAGAUAUGGUACGAAUAUCUCGUAAGCAAUGUUUUGUAUAUGUGCAUUGUUGAAGUGGUCGUUAUCGAUAGAGUUGUACUCCUAAGGGAGUGGGCUAUUCUUAUUUUAAUUGUUGAAUGUUAAAUUACAUAAAGGAUAACCAUUCAUGUAUAAUAAUAAUAUGACCAAUAAAGUAUAAAAUGUUACAGAUGUAAAUGAAAAAUGAACAAUAAAAAUAUUAAUUCCACUAACGCUGCCGUACUUAACGUCGCAAAGUAUGACAUUUUUCCGGGGGUUUUCCCCGGUUACAACAACGUGGUAAACUCAAAAUAAGUUUUGCAUGUUAUGCAUGUAACAUUUAACUUUGACUCUGUUUUCCAUUAUUUCCGAAUUUAUCUCAUUUCAUAUACUUGUUUUUUUUUGUCAGAAAUUAUCAACUUGCCCAUUUUGCAUUCGUGUGAACGCACGAUAAUAAGGUGGGAAAAUAUACAUGCUUUCUUAUAAUUAUAUUAGUUUGUAUUUCCUCUUAAGUUUUUGUUAUUCACAUGUGUCUAUUGCAUAGAUGCUAGCCAAACCGAUAAUAUUUUUGAUAACGGUUAUAGACAUAUUUGGACCUAAUUUUUUUGAUUAUCUUAAUAACUGUUUAUAGCGUUAUUUUCCUUUUAUUGUUUUCCUAUUAAUUACAUUUUAUGUAACAUA